UCCCCACUCCCCGAGCUCAUCCUUGAGUGUCUGCCAUCCUCUCCCACACUCCCACCCCCAAUACUUCCUCCCAGCACAGCCCCUACCUGUUACCUCCACCUCCCUCCAUGACCCAGCUCUGCUUACCCAGGCCUGAAGCACAUGCUUAUCCUAUCCCUGUCCCUCCCAGGGGCCUGGGUGCCGGGGAGGGGUUGGGUAGUUCAGCCGGUCCAUGUGUGUCCUCCUGGGGCCCUAGCCCGGCCCAGCUCCUGGACAGUGUCCUAGGGCUGGGGGCACUAUUGCUGACGAUUCGGGCAGUCUUUUCCAUGGCUGGCCCAGCCUUGCUGUUGCUGCUGUUACUGGUCAGCUUCCUGGCCUUCGACCUGCUCCACAGGCCUGCAGGUCCCAUGAGACCACAGCACACACUUCUUGCAGGGGGCCAAAAUCAGGGGGCUGGAGAGGGUCCAAGACAGCAGGAGGCUCUAUUCCUGCAGACAGCGGCAGUCACAGGACAACUCAGCCUCCAGGAGGCUCUGCUGCUGUUGCUUCUGGGGCUGCAGCUGCUCCUGGGAGCCCAAGGCGUGCCUUUGACACUGCUUGGCCUGGCUUUCUGUAUCCAUCCUUGGGUCUGACUGCCCUCCAGAAAUAUACUGAUCAAGGUUCAUCUCCAGGUUUCCUUUCCUCCCUCCUGGUCUGGGCAGGUGGGAUGGUACACCUUUGUCUCCAGCCUAAACCUCAUUGGACCUCUGGCCCCACAAUAUGGACAGUGGAUACCUGGGUCUGAUUCUAGACAAUGUUAGAAGGUUAGAUAAAGGACAAGGAGCCCAGGGCAAGAUGCGAUAGCCAUCUCAGAACACACAGUUUGAGGCUGGUCAUUCUGGUCUCCUCUGGUUCUACAGAAUGAAGGCCCAGAGAGAAAGACCUGCAAGAAAGUGGAAUGGGACUCAUCAGCCAGUAGGGAAGGGACCGGGAUCCAAGAGGGCUUUCCACAAGAAAGCAUGAGAAACUACACGUAUAGGCUCCCAGGCUCCCCAGGCUCCCCUGCCAGCCUGAAGGGUCCAUGGAGAGAGGCUCAGCUGAGUUUCACACCAUGCAGUGGCUUCUUUCUUAGCUGGACCCCACCCCAGUCCGGGUCACAAUGGGACUCCUCUGGGGAGGGGGUGGGGGAGAGUGAAAGAGGGGCUCGACUCUGGCUGCCAGGCCUCCUGGGUGUUGUAGGAAGCAACAUGACUUAGGGACAUUUGCCCAGAGGUAAGAUCCAGACCCCAGCUCAAAGCCCCACCCUACCCACACUGGUGCCCUC